AUGCCCGAGCUGGAGGUCCUCCUCCCCCCCCGCCACCCCCUCCUCACCCCCGCCUCCGGCCCGCGCCGGGACCCCGGCCGCCGCCCCCCCCCGGCCCGGCGGCUCCGCCCCCUGGAGACGCCGGAGCUGCGCUGGUCCCACCGGCCGCGCCACGCCCUGCUGUGCUACUGCGCCUCGGUGGCGCUGGUGGUGGCGCUGGGGGGCGGCGGCGUGGGGCUGCUCUCCGCCACCACCAGCAGCCUGUCGGGGGAGUGGCGCCUGGGGGCGGGCAGCGCGCUCUGCCUGCUGGCCCUGCUGCUGCUGCUCAAGCAGCUGCUGAGCUCCGCCGUCCAGGACAUGGACUGCGUGCGGAGCCGGCGCCGCAUCGACGCGCUGCGCAGCGGGGGGCGGGCCGACGCCCUGCUGCUGCUGGCGGUGGGCGCGUCCGUGCUCGCCACCGGGGCGGCGCUGCUCGGCCUGGCCACGGCCGCCGGGGGCCAGACGGCCCACCGGGGCCGGGAGAUGCUGCUGGCGGGCCUGGGGCUGGCGCUGGGCGGGGGGGGCACGGUGCUGGGGGUGGGGGCCUACGGCAGCCUGGUCUACCUGCUCCGCCGGAGGAAGCAGAGCAGGAGGAGGAGGUGCUCCGGGUUCAUCCAGAACACGCGGGUUAGCGGGGGGGCCAGCGCACGCUGCCCUGGGAGGCAGCCCCCCCUCCUACGACCUGGGUGGGCUACCGGCUGA